UGUGGGCAUCUAUUUUUUAUGUGUGCACACAGACUCGUGGAAGACUACCUAUAAGCCCACAUCCUUAGUCUAGGAGUAAUGUAAAAGAACCGGCGCCAUCUACAUGCGUUGAUCAUCUUAAAAGCGAAAACGCACAUUCUUUCUCUAGUAGGCUAAUCAGUAAACCACUCCCUUCUGGCUUGCCAGCUAUUUAGAAGCAACAGAGGACAGCCAGCGGCUGGGGAAAUUGACGGUUAAGACAACACACUUCAGCCAUUUAAACGUACCUAGCUAUUGAAGUCGGAUUUGUACUAAUAACACAAAAUAAGAAAUGUCUGGCCCUGCCCCAGCUGCUGCUGCGCCCCCUGCUGGAGAUGGUGAAGCCCCUGCCGCACCCCAGCCCCCCCCCAACCUCACCAGCAACCGCCGCCUGCAGCAGACACAGGCCCAGGUGGAUGAGGUUGUGGACAUCAUGCGCGUGAACGUGGAUAAGGUUCUGGAGCGGGAUCAGAAGCUGUCGGAGCUGGAUGACCGGGCCGACGCCCUGCAAGCCGGGGCCUCCCAGUUUGAGACCAGCGCCGCCAAGCUCAAGCGCAAGUACUGGUGGAAGAACCUGAAGAUGAUGAUUAUCCUGGGGGUGAUAUGCGCCAUCAUUCUCAUCAUCAUCAUCGUCUACUUCAGUUCCUAAAAGAGUGGUCCUUCCCUCGGAUGUCUACACUGAAGAAGCUCUAUUCUCAACAACAGGGAAUCCUGCUAAACAUUAAACAGAGGGGGGAAGAGGGAACAUCCCCGGCCUCUCACUGCCGCCUCCUCUCACGGUCUCCUCCUCUCAUGGUCUC